AUGGAGGAAUCUGAAAUUCCACCAGUGACUGAAGCAGCCGAGACAGAACAAGACCUUCAGCUUCAGUCUCAGCCAGAACUUGCACAGGCACAGGCACAGGCACAGACUCAGACAGCCACGGUGACGGUGACGGACGAUGAAGCUACUGGCGAUGACAGUGACAAUGACGACAGUUACAUUGGAGAAGUACAUGUAGAAGUCCGUGAACCUGAACCUGAGCCUGAGCCUGAACAUACGACAACCCCGUCAGUAACGGUCGCCCCACUUUCAGAGCCAUUCCCUGAAACUGUAGAGCCUUCACCCGUGGCUGUUACCAGUACCGCUACUGAUCAACUUCCGGACCAAUUCGAGCCUGAAGAAAACGUGCCUGGAGACACUACUGGUGAGGAAGAAAAAACUCUACAAGCUUCAGCACCACCAGAAGAAGUUUCAACGGAAAACCAGCCACAACAACCACAACAACCACAACAACCACCAUUGGAAGACCAAGACGAAGCAAGUUGGUUGUUGCAGCAAGCUCUCGAUGAGACUUCACUUGUAGAGAGUGACCUGAUGGUGGGAUCAGACAAGGAGGAAGAACAAAAUGACAAUGAAGAUUCACCAUCCCAUGCUGCUCAGGAGCCACAACAAGAACCACUACCAGUAAUAGAAGAUGAUGUGGCAGCAAAAGACACAGAAAAACAAGACAAAGCUCAUGGAGAAGUUCCUCCAGCACCACAGCAGCAGGACUUGUCGUCACUUCCGACACAAGGGGAUACAGCUACCACCGAAAACAGAAACAUUGUGGAACCCACCACUGCUGACACGGAUACUCCCGAUAAUGAUGCUAAUAAUAACAAUGCGUCCGCAACAACUGCGUUUGAUGAACUGAAAUUGGCCAGUCUUCCCAGUAGUGAUGAAACCAAGGAAGAAAUUGAAGAUCCAGACGUCAACAAAAAGAAGACAGAUACCACAACCACUACUACAACUGCUGCUGCCCCGGGUGGUGGUGCCUAUGACUUUGGAGUCAUUGAGAAUAAUCCAACACAAGACACCUUGCUCAUGGUGGGUAGUUUAUCGGCAGAUGUUGCGGAACAAGAAGAAGAGGAGAUACAAGUAGGACAAGGUGACAAACAGGCAUUGCUGGGAUCCACCACUGCCAAAACGCCCAGUCAAAAACUCGCACAGCAACAGUCCAGCGACGACAACGACGACGACCCAGACAGCAUCGCUAGCGAAACCACGGAAGAACUCAAUGCGAAACGAAAACAGGAACGGAAAUGUGGUACAUACAUUUGCGCUAUUGGAUUGCUAGGGGUGGUGGUAGCAUUGGUGCUCCUCAUUGUGGGAUUCCUUACCGGCAACUCGGACGACAAUGGGCCUCCCGUAUCGCCCCCCACAUUCCCCGUGCGGCCAGCAUUGCCGACCCGUCCUCCCGUCCUUCCACCGAGUGCUACAGCCACAAGCCAAUCCCACAGCCGCCCCAACAGCCGCCCCCACAACCAACCCCACAGCCACCCCCACCACGGCCACCCCCACAGCCCCGCCAACAUCGCUCCCACAUCCUUUCUAUUCCCACUCCCUACAGUCACGGCACAAGCCAUUGAUGCAGAUUCCAACUCGCCUCAAGCACAAGCAUAUCAAUGGUUGCUGCAGGAUCCCAACAUGUCAGAGUAUUCACAGGAGCGGGCAGAACAACGCUUUGCACUGGCAACACUCUAUUUUGCCACGAAUGGACAUAGCUGGAUAUCUGCAUCUGCCACGGGCAAACAAGCCAAUGACAAUGACAGCAGUAAUGGACGUGUCCCGUCGUUCUUCUUGAGCUACAAUACCCAUGAAUGCGAUUGGAUGAUGCCCGCACUCACGCGACAAGAAACCUGUAACGAACUAGAUCAAUAUCUGAUCCUGUACUUGCCCAAUCACAACUUGGAAGGUACGCUGCCACCCGAAGUGCCCUUGCUCUUGUCGCCGUCGACCUUGACGACAAUGGAUUUGAACAGCAACUUGUUGGGCGGGUCCAUCCCCUCUGAAAUGGCAUCCCUGACGCGGCUGGAAACGUUGGAUCUCGGCUUGAAUCAACUGACGGGUCCAGCACUGCCCAUCCCUCUCACCGCUUGUACCAGUCUCGUCAACCUGGGCGUGCACGGAAAUCCACGUCUCGCAAACACGCUACCAACCCAACUGGGAAGAUUGUCGAGACUACAGCAGUUGUGGAUCUACGAAACAAUGCUCUCCGGGGUGAUACCCGUAGAAAUUGGACAGUUGUCCAGACUGCAAGGCCUGUUUCUGCAGGACAACAAGCUACAAGGAACCCUGCCAGUUUCAUUGUUUGGGGGCACUGUUAGUCAGGUGGGUCGGCAAGAAAGCAAUGAGACUAAAUCCACUACAACGUCGAUCAUGACACUACAAGAAAUACACUUGGCAAACAAUCAAAUCACCGGGUCCAUACCCAGUCAAAUCAGAUUGUUGAGGCGAUCCUUGAGAACUCUGGACUUGGAGGCUAACGCUUUGACAGGCGAUCUUCCUGCCGAACUCAACCAGGUUGCGUCGUUGCAGCGUUUGUUGCUGUCCCAUAAUCCCAUGUUGGGAGGGACCAUUGAAGGUGACUACUACACUAUCGACGUUGCGAAUUCGGACGACUUGCUACGACUUGACGCGCUUGCGAAUUUGGAAGAACUCACGUUGACGAACACGAGCGUCACUGGAGAGCUGCCUUCCGCGGUGUGCAAUAUUACCGUGUUGGAGUUUGACUGUUCCGAGAGUCUUUGUGGGUGCGAUUGUCAAUGCAUUCCCAGCAGUACUAGUGGUCCGUCGAUUGAAACGGGGUCGCCGACGAUCGAGCUACCUUGGGAUUUCACAGAUACCCCCACUGCGAGUCCAACUCUGGAUACUUUGACUCUCCCAGACUACACACUAGAGGCGUUAGAGGACCCGGAAACACCACAAUCCAAGGCGUUUACGUGGUUACAAGAAGACCCGUCCUUGCAAGAGUUCUCCGCGCAACGGGCUCAGCAACGAUUCGCCCUGGCAACACUCUGGUAUUCAACCAACUCCACGCCGUGGGCCAACUCGACAGGGUGGCUCGAAUAUGGCGUACACGAAUGUGCCUGGUUUUCUGAUCCUAUGGGAUUGGAAGCGCUGAACCUCGAGGAUCCAUGCGAGCUUGACGUCACGGUGGAUGGUGACAUCACGGAAGAGAGACAGUACAUUGCCCUUUUAUUGCCAGGAAAUGGACUCAGAGGGAACAUGCCACCGGAACUAGCGUUGCUAUCCGAGCUUCGAACGAUAGACUUGAGCGGCAACCUCUUGACGGGUUUCAUUCCUACAAGUCUGGGAAGCCUUGACAAGAUUGAGGUUUUAGAUGUGGGCCACAAUUUCCUGGGAGGACAACUGCCCUCUGAGCUAGGUACAGCAAGGAGUCUCUUGAACAUUCUAGUUUGGGGAAAUCAGCUUCGAGGCCCGAUCCCCAGCGAGCUCGGUCUGUUGCACGAGACUCUUCUCUCUCUGGGUUUCUCCAACAAUCGGUUGAAUUCGUCGAUUCCUACUGAACUCGGGGCGCUUUCAAAGUUGCAGCGAUUGUGGAUUUUACAGAACAGAUUGACAGGAGUUCUUCCGUCUGAGCUUGGCGCUUGCCGAGCGCUGCAAACUCUUGAAUUGGCCGGCAACUUGCUUUCUGGCGAAAUCGCAACUCAAGUGAGCGAAAUGACAUCACUCAAGCACCUGGAUCUUGCUCGCAAUCGAAUCGGGGGAAGCCUGGUGUCUGAGAUUGGGCUUUUGGGUUCCACCUUGAAUCAUCUUGACGUCUCGGCAAACCUGUUGCAAGGCGCAAUUCCAGCGCAGAUAUGGUUGAAUCUUACGUCCGCAAUUCACAUCAAUCUCUCCAAGAAUUUCUUCUUGGGUCCACUUGCCGGGAUAGGAACGGUCGAUCAGCCCUUGGUUCAUCUUUUCGUUUCCCACAACGAAUUGACUGGACCCAUUCCCUCUGAGAUAUCUCAGUUAACAUCCCUGCAGUCCCUCGAUCUCUCCAACAACGAAUUAUCCAGAAGCAUCCCAUCGUUGCUUGGGAACUUGACAGAACUCCGGCACUUGAAGCUGAAUCACAACGCCAUCCGAGGAACAAUACCACCAGAGUUUGGAGCUCUGGAGGAGUUACGGCACUUGCUGCUUCACAAUUCACUUCUCACGGGGCGGGUGCCAGCUACGUUGGACUUUGUGUGGGUGCCUUACUUGUGCCUGUCCGAGUCUGAGGAAACUAAGAAUAUAAAACCUCGUCAAAUUGCUAGCUAUCCCAAGCCACCGAAACAAGUCUAG